CCUGGUGCAACUAAAAUCAAAUAUUUUAAAAAGAAAAAAAUUUAAAUUAAAUACUUAUAAACCAAGAAAAAUGGAAUCCGAGGCCUCUAAAUCACCAACAACAUACAAAAGAAUUCAAAUGUGGACUGAUGGAGAGACCAGACAGCUCUUGGACUUUUAUGCCAAUUACAUGGUUGAUAUUGGUCCAAUGAAGAAGUUUAAAACAAAAAAAGAAAUGUGGGCAGACAUUGCGUCAAGAAUUCCAGAUAAAACUCCCAAGCAGUGCGAGGAGCGGUAUAAAACUAUAUUAAAAAGAAAAAAAGUGGCAGUUGAAAACAACAAAUCCUCCGGUUCGAAAAGGAAAAGUAUAGAUUUUGAAGAAGAACUAAACAAAAUAAGUUCAAUGGAUGACUCCAUCGAACCGGAGGUCCAAAUAAGCAGCCAAAAGUUUUUAAAAGUAGAAAAGAAAGACAUUAAAAAAACUGAAGAGACAAAAAUAAAAAAGAAAACAAUUCAAGAAACAUUAAUAGAAAUUGCAGAGAAGAAGGAAGAAGCUAAGGAAAGACGACACCAGGAAAAAAUGGCCUUACUGCAAAAAGUUUUGGAAGCUAAAAAUAAAUAAGAAAAGCUGCGUAUAAUUUAAAAAAAGUACAAAUAAUUUUUUGUGAUACUAUGUUUAUAGAAUUAAAAUAUAUAUUUAUCUUGUUGAAUUAUACAAAAGGGCUUUAAU